CUGCCUUUGAUGCUGGGUUCAUUCUUAUUCACUGGGUCGCUUAGCAUAUCUAGCUUUUAGUUUAGACGCGCUCACCAGGUACGAAAUGGGCUAAUGAUAUCUGCCCGGCUCCGGAGUUGUGAGUGUUAAGAGACCGAGCGGUGCAGAUUUGUGUAUCAUCCAGCCAGGACUGCUGGCUUGGCGAUAUCUGACCGAUCUCCGAGCGGGAGCGGAAGCUGCUGACUGAAUAUUGACUGGGCGAGCUGAGCAGCUUUCCCUUGCAGGCUUUUGGGGUUACCUUGGGAGAGGCUCGUCUCUGCCAGUGGAAUUGCUAGCAAUACGAGAUGAUUGGUUUGUGACUCCUGUGGGUUGCACAUUUUUUAAAAAAAAACCAGGGGGCAAUUCUUUACUGUUCAGGUUCUAAUUGCCUUUCACCUUUCUGGCGUUUUCCUUUUCCUCAAUGAUCGUUAGACAUUGUUGAAAUACACCGAGCCGCCCAGGCCGCGGUUUUUCUGAAGAGUGCACUGCUUAAAAGGGGAAAAGUGUGAACAGGGAAACUGUGGUGCAGCUUCACACAAGUAAACUCCGCUUCGCCUCCCGGGGAGGCUGGGUUGUGCGAGAAAGCGAGCCCGCACCUUCUCGCCCGUAUUGAUGUGCUGCUGUUGCAUCAAGCAGGUAGCAAUGUGAAUGACAAAGAGCUGCCAGAUGACAAGGAGCUGAGCGGUGCAUCAGCCAAGUGGAAUUAAGCCGUCACUCCCCCGCUGGGAGCCGGCUUGCUUUCCCCGCGCCGUGCGAAGAACAAAGAGACUUCUGCUGCAUUCCCGGGAGCAGAGCUUUGAAUACACUCGGCUGCUAUCAAAAAACAAACAAACAAACCCCUAAGAAUGAUAGCUGUCUCAUUCAAAUGCCGUUGUCAGAUUCUGCGGAGGGCUGCUAAAGAUGAGGGACCAUACGCCAAAUCUACAAACCCAGCAAAAGCUUCCGAAGGCACCUUGGCAGUUAGAAGACAAAGUAUUCCAGAGGAAUUCAAAGGUCAAACUGUAGUUGAGUUGAUGAAGAAGGAAGGCAGUACCCUGGGGCUUACAGUAUCAGGUGGAGUAGACAAGGAAGGGAAACCAAGAGUAUCCAAUCUUCGACCUGGAGGAAUUGCUGCGAGGAGUGAUCAGUUAAAUAUUGGAGACUACAUCAAAUCCGUCAAUGGAAUCAAUUUAACAAAAUUCCGACAUGACGAGAUCAUCAGUCUCCUGAAGAAUGUUGGUGAGAGAGUGGUUCUUGAGGUGGAAUAUGAGCUCCCUCCUGCUUCUACUCAAGGCUCGGGGAUUAUUCUCAAAACUGUGGAAGUGACUUUGCACAAAGAAGGCAAUACCUUUGGAUUUGUGAUUCGAGGAGGAGCCCAUGAAGACAGAAGUAGAUCCCGCCCGAUUGUAAUAACCUAUGUCAGAGCUGGGGGACCAGCUGACAGGGAAGGCACAAUAAAAGUUGGCGACAGGCUGUUGAGUGUUGAUGGAAUACGGUUACAUGGAACAACGCAUACAGAAGCUAUGAGCAUUCUCAAACAAUGUGGACAGGAGGCAACAUUAAUAAUCGAAUAUGAUGUGUCUGUCAUGGAUUCCGUAGCAAAUGCUUCAGGCCCCCUGAUGGUGGAGGUGGCCAAGACCCCUGGUUCAAGCUUGGGCAUUGCUUUAACUACCUCACUGUACUGUAACAAGCAAGUCAUAGUCAUAGACAAAAUAAAGGCUGCCAGCAUUGCAGAUAGAUGUGGCGCUUUGCAUGUUGGAGAUCACAUACUUUCGAUUGAUGGCACCAGCAUGGAGUAUUGCACGUUAGCUGAAGCAACUCAGCUUUUAGCCAGUACCUCUGAACAAGUCAAGCUAGAACUGCUUCCUUACCAUCAAACACGACUGGCUUUGAAGGGACCGGAACACGUCAGGGUUCAAAGGAGCAGCAGACAACUUGCCUGGGAUACUUGUGGAAGCAACAGCAGCAACUUGCUCACCUACCAACCCUAUAACACCUACCACCCUGAUCAAUGUAGGAUGACAGCCUUGAAAUGCCAGCAACCUUCUUCUCAAAACAGUCUUCCUGCUCUGGUGUCGACAUCAUUCUCUCCUACCUCCAUGAGUGCAUAUAGUCUGAGUUCCCUGAAUAUGGGGACCCUACCUCGCAACUUGUAUCCAACAAGCCCACGAGGAACACUAAUGAGAAGAAAAAUGAAAAAGAAAGACUACAAGAGCUCCUUAUCUUUAGCCUCCAGUACGGUUGGUCUUGCAGGCCAGAUUGUUCACACUGAGACAGCAGAAGUAGUCCUGACCAGUGACCCGAUCGUAGGGUUUGGAAUUCAGCUCCAGGGUGGUGUCUUUGCAACAGAGACCUUGUCUUCUCCACCAUUGAUUGCAUAUAUUGAACCUGACAGCCCAGCAGAAAGGUGUGGAAUGCUGCAGGUUGGAGACAGAAUUCUGACAAUCAAUGGAAUCCUCACUGAAGAAAGCACCCUGGAGGAAACCAACCAGCUCCUUCGGGACUGUGCUGGCAACAACAAAGUCACCCUUGAAAUAGAGUUUGACGUCGCAGAAUCUGUUGUACCAAGCAGUGGCACAUUUCAUGUGAAGCUACCAAAGAGGAGUGGUGUGGAGCUUGGCAUCACCAUCAGCUCACCUGCCAGCAGAAAACCAGGAGAUCCACUCAUUAUUUCAGACAUUAAGAAAGGAAGUGUUGCACACAGAACUGGAACAUUGGAGCUGGGAGACAAGCUGCUUGCCAUAGACAGCAUCCGUUUAGAUAACUGCUCCAUGGAAGAUGCAGUUCAGAUCCUUCAUCAGUGCGAGGAACUUGUGAAACUCAAAAUACGGAAAGAUGAAGACAACUCAGAUGAACAAGAGAGCUCUGGGGCAAUCAUUUACACCGUGGAGUUAAAACGUUAUGGUGGUCCGUUAGGAAUUACCAUAUCGGGCACUGAAGAACCUUUUGACCCAAUUGUCAUCUCAAGCCUAACAAAAGGAGGUUUAGCUGAAAGGACUGGUGCAAUCCAUAUUGGAGACAGAAUCUUGGCUAUAAACAGUAGUAGCCUGAAGGGUAAACCCUUAAGUGAGGCUAUCCAUCUCUUACAGAUGGCAGGAGAGACUGUCACACUGAAAAUUAAGAAACAACUUGAUAUGUCCAGUCCUAAAAAAUCAUCAAUUUCUGGACGGCUAAGUGAAUUGAGUGAUGUGGAAGAUGAAAUUCCCACUGUACAGAAGCCAGCCAAGCUUUCUGAGAUGUACUCUGCUACGAUCCCCAGUGUGGACAGUGCAGUGGAAUCCUGGGAUGGGUCAGGCAUAGACACAGGCUAUGGAAGUCAAGGUCCUUCUGGCUAUCAAGCCUCUGGCUACAGUCUUCAUGCACAUGAAUGGAGAAGUGCCAAACUAAGUUUCUCACCUGCCAACAGGCAUCAUAAUAACCUGUAUCAUGAAGCAACAUUGAGUGAUGAUGAAUGGGAUCGACCUACCACUAGUGGAUAUGUAGGUGGUCAUGAUGGCUUAGAAACAGAUCAGGAAGAAAACUUUUGGUCCCAGGCUCUAGAAGAUUUGGAGACCUGUGGUCAAUCAGGAAUCCUGAGAGAAUUGGAGGAACCUAGCUCCUCUUUAAAGAAGGCUGGCAACCAAAACCAACUGAAUUUGAAAAACUUGGCUAUAUUGGCGACAAUCAUGUCUGGGAGCGCACUGAGUCUUAAUCAUGAAAACAGCAUGACACACAGGCCGCUGGGGAGACAGUCCAGCUUCCAAGAGAGAAAUCCUGUCAGGGUUCAUUACACCCAGAAUUCCCGUAGCAACACUCUACCGUCAGAUGGUGGGAGAUCGAAGUUGCUUGCUAUUAGAAAGAUCAAGCAAGAAAUGAAAGAAAUCAUGUCACCAACACCAGUGGAGUUGCACAAGGUAACCCUCUAUAAAGAUUCAGAUAUUGAGGAUUUUGGAUUCAGUGUUUCAGAUGGCCUGCUUGAGAAAGGUGUGUAUGUCAACAACAUUCGCCCAAAUGGACCAGCUGCCCUUGGUGGUGUCAAACCCUACGACAGGUUGUUGCAGGUAAAUCACAUCCGUACGAGAGAUUUUGACUGCUGUCUGGUGGUGCCUCUCAUAGCAGAUUCUGGCAAUAAACUUGAGUUGGUCAUCAGCAGAAACCCACUGGCCUUUCAGGAGGUGCUCUCGGUAGAUCAGACGUUCCAAGCAGGAGAAUGGAGUGAGCAAGACGAAGCUCAUGUUUUCAGGCAGCAGAAGGGAAGACUCGGUAGUACAGACAUACAGGAGAAUACCAAUACAUUGUAGUGCAAUGCAUUCAGUCCAAUAGGCUGAAGUAUU